UGUCGUCUGGUAGAGUUUUCAAAAACAAAAUAAACACGCUGAGGAUCAAAAUGUGUGAUUCGCAAUAAUCGUAUUUUUAACUAGUAAAAAAUUAAUCGACGUUGACACCAUGAGUGCCCAUAAUUUCCAUUAUGAUAUCCCUUAUGAAUCCUCUAACACCGAAUCGUUGUUUACGUUGUGCACAAGAAUUGUUGCCUUAAACAUCACAUCAAACCUUGCUAUGGCUCAGUCCUUACCAGCAAGUGUAAAAAGUGUACUAGUAGCUCUGUUAGGGAAGCGAAAUUUAUUGACUGGACCAGUUUUAAGAUGCUUGGCCCAUCCUGAUUUAAAGAGGUUGAGUUUAGCUGGUUCAAAAGUGAGAGACUCUACAGUGAGAAUCCUUCAGUGUCUAACAAAGCUGGCAUGGCUACACAUUCCUGGAAAUGAAAUCUCAACACUAGGCCUUGUCCAAUUAUUUCCUUAUUUAACUUGUCUUGAAGAGCUUGACCUCUCAAAUAGUAAAGUUGAUGACCAAGCAUUAGUUUCUCUUACUGAUAAUUGUCCCAAACUCCAUGUUAUCAUUCUGGGAAAAUGCCCUGAUUUCACAGAUAGAGGCUUCAGAUAUCUAGCCACAAAACUCCACAGCAUUACUGUCCUUGACAUCUCAUAUACAAAGGUGACGGAUGGUGGUUUAAAGGCUUUAAGCAGUGGCCCUUCGUUCUGUAAGCUGAAAGAGCUGCAUAUAGACGGGUGCCAGCAGUUGACUUCUCUGUGCGGGUCGUAUCUGCAAGCUUUCCCGUGCAUAUCGAUGUUGAGCUUCUAUGACUGCCCUGGUCUUCUCAAGAGUGAAUGGUUUGAAAGCUUCAACUGUGAUAAGAAAAAUUUGUUCAAGAACAUUUCAUUCACCAUAUAGUGAAAAGGUUGACCUUUUUACAUUCCUUCAGCAAAGUUAUUUCAUUUCUUCUAUUAUUUUUCAUUAUUCUACAAAAGAGCAAAUAAAGCAGGAAAUUAUUUGUUUUAUGACUUUUGCAUGCCUUUUCGAAAGCGUGGCUUCUCAUAAUAAUAGAGGUGUUUCGUAUACAGAACUCACUCAAGUGUAUUCCCACAUUUUUCUCCUAUACAAAAAGGCCUCAUUCUUCUUAUUAUAAAUUUUGGUAAAUUAUGUAUCCUGUAUGAGACUCGUGAUAGCCAGAAAAAAAAAAAAUACAAUCAAUUUCUUUCCUUAA